AUGAAAACAGAAUACUUAUCAGACGACCUCUUCGACGAGGGCCAUUUAAAAUUGUUUGCUCCUUUUCGUUUUUGUCAAUUAAUUUUUGGGUCCUGUAGAAUAGAUGCAAGAGAUAGAUUUGUUACAGCGCCGACAUGGGGCCAAAAAGCUUAUACAGUCAUAAUUUUAAUCCUAGUCGCAGUUUUGCAACUAUACAUUAUAUGUCAUUAUGUCUCACAACUUUAUGAUUAUCCAAUCGUAUAUCAUAUCAACGUCUUGUUUACGGCCCUGAAUUCAAUUCUAUACGCUUUGAAUAUUAUCCAUUUAAGAUUUACGAAUAAUGAGAGAAAUGUAAAAUUCUACAUAAAGACUCAAAAAAUAGAUCGCAAAUUGAAAAUUUCCGAUAACAAUCCCUGCAUCAUUUUUUUAUACAAUGUUAAUCUCUGUUCCGUGGUUUUUGUAAUUGUUACGAGCUUAAUUGUUUUUUUUGUGGUCUACAUAUAUAAUACCGAAUUAUUUGUUAGCUUUUCUGGUCUCUUCUUCUGUCAGCUAACUAGCUUGAUAGAACUGAUGUUUUGUUCUAAUAUUAUAAUAUAUUUCUAUAUGCGGUUCCGCUUUAUUAACGCUAUAAUAAGGAAUCAUCUCAAAGGCUUACCUUAUAAAAAAGGAAGGAAUACGAAGUUUUUUAUCCCUACUAGAAGUAACAUGCGCUAUUUAGUGGCAAGUUUACACGAUUUUAGCACCAGUCAAAUUGAUGAAUAUUUGAAAGAUAUAUUUGAUGCACAUCUCCAAUUUCAAGAAUUGUACAGAUGGCAGGUUUUACUGUUUUGUUUCAAAUUUGUGUCAAUGGCAAUAUUGGCUUUCGAAUAUCUAUUAUUAUUGAAAAAACAUAACAUUAUAAAGUGGAUAGACUUUAUGCUUCUAACUUUGUUGACUGCCGUGGAUCUUUUUAUGAUCAUUGUAAUUUGUAUCCGCUGCGAAGCUUUCAGUUCGGAAAUUAAGGACAUUAAACGACUUUGCACUACUAUCCUUUCCUUACAUUACGAAGGACCACUAAGAGAUAAGGCGAGGAAAAUGAUAAAAUUGAUAGAUGAAAAACCACACCAUAUAUCGAUUUACGACAUGUGGAACAUGGACGCGUCAACGAUGCUGAACAUGAUCAACGUGGUCACUACGUUACUUGUCACGCUCUUGCAGUUUGCGCUUCUUUAA